CUACAGAUCUGUGCUUAGGGGGAGGGGGGCCCAGCGCUGACUCGAAAACAGUUCAAGGUGACGCAAGAUCCGGAGGUAGACAACUAGCGCUGUGGAAGCAGGCAGCGCCACGUUGGCAGAACUGAUUCACUAGAACUCUUAACGUUAAAGUUUUGCGGUCCUCGCAUCUUUUCUCCAAAUGUGCUGUGUCGAUGUUAAACAAUAGGGAACGAUUGCUUGUUUAAAACAUUGCAGAUAUUAUUCACGUUUCGUUCGUGUUAUUGCCUUGUUGGGGUUGAACGGAGUUCGUAUUCCAACGAGAGAAGCGUUGCAAUCAUCUGCCUCAGGUGCAAACAUAAUCUAACGUUAGAGGUAUCAAGAAAGUGCUGGAACAAUGGUGAAGAACGCCAACACCAACGCCAAUUCCGAAACUCAGCAGGGAAGCACUUACGAGGAGGGGGAAUCCGAAAUCACCGCCAGCGAACCGUCCGGAGGUGAUGACAAGGAGCACGCUGUUGCCCAACCGGGGAUGAUCUGGCGCGUAACGGGUGGGCUCUUCAACGUCACCAAGGGUGUGGUCGGUGCCACGGUGGGGGGAGUGGCCUGGGUCGGGGGAAAGAGCCUGGAGAUCACGAAAGCAGCGGUGACGUCUGUGCCCUCUGUGGGCGUGGGCCUGGUGAAAGGGGGCGUUUCCGCCGUCGCGGGCGGCGUGUCCACGGUCGGAUCCUCCGUGGCCAGCAAAGUGCCCUUCACCGCCAAACGGAAGGACAAAGCAGAGUGAAGAUGAAGAGCAUCCCAAUUGUCCCUGAGCCAUAAACGAAAAGACUGAAACUAUCUCUGUGGACCAGCAGGUCCAAAGUAGACAGUCUUACUCCUCUGUGUAUAUAUAAGCUUGUUAAGAGUGCCUUAGUCUAUCUACUCUCCUGUUUGCCUUUUAUUCAGUGUUGUUGUCGUGGCUGUGAAACUGCUUCGGCGUAUUGCAGCAGUGCAGUUAACCCUUGCCGGAGAGUGGUAUGCGAUUUCAGAGGUCCCUGAACUUUCACUUCCUUAAAAAGCAGAUCAGCCGUUUGCAUCUGAGGGCAAAUUAAAAUGUACGGACCACCUGUCAGCACUCGCAUCGAUGUUGAUGUCAAACAUUUGGGUGCUGAAUGAGUAACCAGAGCUUAUGCAAAGACAUUUUGAAGCUAAUGUGACUGGUCCAACAUAAGUCAGACCUAAUAUUGCCAUUCAAAGUCAAGCCAAUAUUUGAUAAAAGCAAUCAGGUCUAGGCUGUUGCAAGCUCUGGUGUUCUGUUAGUUUCUAUUGGAUGAAUGGUGUGGAAAAGCAUUAGUCGGUACAUGUUUCUUCUCUCAAGCAAAAAAUAUAUAUUUAUUGAUUUUGACUUAAGGGCUUAUGACCUUCAUCUGUCAGUUUACCUUUCUGAAUGAAUGUGAACAUUUAUAUACAGACUGCAGUUUAAUGCAAUGACAGGUUGUCAUUUAAGUACUGGUAGUCUGAACUGGGAUGUGAGGGAAACUUUGAAGCGCAUGUCCAAUAUUUGUAUUUUCAAAUGAAUAAAUAUAAUACACUUGAAAACCUAAGAUUUUCCAUAUCUAAUUUAAGGAUGGAAAACGGGGUUUAUUGUUUUGUGCCUGGCUAGGUAAUGAAAGCAAAUGCUUGAUAUGUGCAUUUCCCACAGAUAUGGGCCAAAGCUCUUGAGUGUGAUCCGAUUGGUUGCGACAAAUCCCAUGGCAAUUCCGAAGCUAAUUUUUGGUUUCAGCCUGCGGUGGUGCCAGAAUUCCAAUCAUGGGUGUACCAGAGAAAUUUGUGGACCAGGAAUGGGAUGGUGUUGGAUUGCAAUCCGUGAGAGCUGGUGCAGAUGUUUGGGUGUACCAGUCAAAAAUUGGGUGUGCCUAGGACAACCAGGACCAUUUCACCAUUCGUAUUAAAAUAGGGUAAAAAGAGA